UUGAUGCCUAAUUUGGUUUGCUGGGCGGGGAGCCGCUCCUCCGAGCUGCUGUAGUUAAUCCAGUCAGUGAGCUGAGGAGACGCAAACCUACGACUCUCUGCCGCUGGACGUCCCGGAGAACAGACAGCAGCUGCGGGCAAAGAGACACUCACAAGUUCUGUCUGUACGCAUCUGAGGAAGGUGACGCCCCAAAAGGAAAGGAAGAAAAAGAGUCUCUCGUCACCCACUCCGUCUCCCAUCAUGGCCAUAGUCCUCCACUCCAGUCCGCUCCUGUGGACGCGGCUGGCAGCCAUGGUCUUCGCCUGCGUGGCCUUCUCCGUGGCGGUGCACGGCGGCAGACUCCACCACGGCACCGGAGACUGGUGCAUCUUCUGCUGGGCCUUCAGCUUCGCCGGGACCCUGCUCGUCGUCCUGGUGGAGCUGUUCGGCCUGCAGGCCCGAGCCCCCGUCUCCUGGAAGAACUUCCCCAUCACGUUCGCCUGCUACUCCGCGCUGCUCUGCCUGUCCGCCUCCAUCAUCUUCCCCCUCUACUUCCUCAAGGGGUCCACGGGCCCCAGCGACGUCCGCGACUUCCGCAUCGUGUCGACCGUCUUCUCCUGCCUGGCCACCAUCGCCUACAUCAGCGAAGUGAGCAUCAGCAAGGCGCGUCCGGGCGAGGUGGCCGGCUACAUGGCCACGGCCCCCGGCCUGCUGAAAGUCUGCGAGACCUUCGUGGCCUGCAUCAUCUUUGUCUUCAUCAGCGACCCGGUGCUGUACGACCGCCACGAUGCGCUCAAGUACUGCAUGUCCGUCUACUGCAUCUGCUUCAUCCUGUCGGCGGCCAUCAUCCUGCUCUGCAUCGGCGAGUGCACCGGCUGCCUCCCCUUCCCGUUCGCCCGCUUCCUGUCGGCCUACGCCCUGCUGGCCGUGGUUCUCUAUCUGUCGGCGACCAUCAUCUGGCCCAUCUUCAACUUUGACCCCAAGCACGGCGGAACAAAACAGAGGCCGUACAAUUGCUCCAACGCGCUGGGGCUGUGUAUAUGGGACAAGCUCAUAGCCGUGUCCGUGCUCACCGGCCUCAACUUCAUCCUGUACCUCAUCGACCUGGUCUACUCCACCCGCCUGGUGUUCGUCAGCGCCUGAGGAGAGAGACGGGAUGUCAGGCCAGCAGUAUGCUCCAAAUCAAAUAGAAUUUGUUGGCUUUUUUUAAAUAAAUUUUUUUUUAUUCUAAAGUCCGUCAAACAGCUCUGAAAAAUUAAAGACUUUGAUUUUUUAAUUUUUAUUUAGUAGAACGAAAUGCUGCGAGAUCAAGAAGUGUCCCCACGGUAGCUGUGUAACGGUCGGCCGAGGGUGCGUCACAUGAGGGGGCAUCAGGUCUUUUCAAAGACGAGUUCACGUAGCCGACUCUUAACGCUUUGUUGUCGUCGCUUUUUUGGCCCCGAAACCCACUCGCAGACGUGCGAAAAUUUUAUUUUGUGUGAAGCAUACUGCCAGUAAUCUGACCGUAGAGAGAGAGAGGGGGGGGGGGGGGGGGGGGGGGGGGGGGCUAAGAGAGGUUGAGGUCAAUGGCCAUGUUUACACGUACAACAAUAUUCCCCUUAAAUAACUUCUUUUUUCAUGUGUGGGAACAUGUAAAUGUCAAACAUUGUGACCUAAACAGACUGUCAACUUGAUUAUUAGAGACCUGAAUGUGUUUUCUUGGAGCAUGCUGAUAUCACCAAAGAUGUUAAAUCACCCUUUUUAUCGCUUCUAAUGGCCGAUCAUACUCAUGUCAUGUAUACAGGGACGUUUGCGAUGUCUGACUAAGAUAUGAACAGAAUCUCCAGAACAGGACUCUUAACAGCGAUACAACCCAAAAUACUUUGUUCCCGUAAACAUGGUUCUGUGAGGACGAACGAUGACAAACCAAAAGUAAACGGUGGUGUAUUCAUUUUAUAGUUUUAAUUUGCAUGAUGUAUAUGUCAUUGCCCCGCACUGAGAUUGUCUUAAAUUGGAUAUUGGCUAUGAAAUAACUGACGGGCAUUUGUUUGACGUAGACGAAAAAGUGAAUAGCUGUACAGAUCCAAAAUAUUGAAAUGCCGUACAAUUGGAAAUCUAAGAAAGUAAAAUUUCUGUUUUGUUCUUUUUUCAAUUUGUUCUCAUCUGAGUCAUGGAUUGCCUCGAUGGUUUGACAGGACGCGGUGCAGCUGUCCCGGUUCUUUCCUUCGGCAGUGCCUUUUACACGGCUCCAAUAUUCUUUUUAACUUGACUUGAAGUUGUGCAAAAAUAGUUUACAUGAUGUUAAGAUGAAUGCUAUGGGCUGGCUUUUUUUCUCCUGUUAUCGGCAUCUGCUAGCUACAAUCUUAUGGCCAGAAUAUAUAGUAUACCAUAUGCAUAUUGUGGAUUAAAAAAACAACGCGUAUGCUUAAAAGUGCACUUAAUAUUUGUAUUUUCUGUGUGUUCAAAGUCGCCUUAUAUCAAUGCAUCUGCAGCACCAAACUCACAUCACUAAAGUCACACGUUGUUGAUCGGGUCUUUGGGUUUGGUUCUGCUGUAGAAAAAAACCAAGAAGAAAUGUGCAGAGAAAGAGAACAAGGUCCUCUCCCUCUCGCGUCGUUGUUAUAUUCCAUAAUUUUCCUCUUUUUUUGUAUUGCACUGUUCAUGUUUCAUGUGUGCUUGCCACAUCAGUGUUAAGUAUAGACAUAAAAACAUCACCCAGGGUUUCAAUAAAACCGCAUGGUAAACAA